UUCAUAACAAUACAUUUAGUAAACUUUAUAAAUUAAAAUUAUGUGUUUCCUUAUUAAAUAUUUUAAAUAACUUAAAACAUGUGUGACAUAAAUACAGUGAAAGCACACUUGGCGAUUAUAUGAAAUACUAGGAAAUAUGUUUUUAAAAAUAAAUCAAAGAAAAUAUCAUGUUACGGAUUUGAUUGUACGUAUCGCAUGUAUCGCUUUAGUGAUAUAUUGGAUUAUGCCAUGGCGAUUUGCUUCUCAUUAUGAAUAUUUACAUCGAAAUGAAAUACAACAAGCGUUUGUUGAACAAGUUACGACCAAUAUUUCAAUGCAACGUAUGCCACCAUGUGAAUACAGUGAUAUCUUUGCAGAUAACAUUAUUACAUAUCGUUCGCAAUAUCGGGAGCAUGUGUUGCGGGGAGAAGAAAUUUUGCCUGGUGGCGAAUAUUUUCCAGAGGAUUGCAGUGCACGCUUUAGUACGGCAAUCAUUGUGCCUUACCGAAAACGUGAGGAACAACUUCAUGCUUUUCUCAUCUACAUGCACAAUUAUUUGCGACAGCAACGUAUUCACUAUCGAAUUUUCUUAGUUGAACAAUAUGACCAGAAGCCGUUCAAUCGGGCAAAACUAUUCAAUAUUGGCUCAGUAAUUGCAGCAGAACUUGAAUUCCCUUGUUUAAUAUUGCAUGAUGUCGAUUUACUUCCAAUGAACUUGGGCCAACUGUACGCCUGUACCCAGAAGCCUCGUCAUAUGUGCUCUGCACUCGAUACUUUCCGUUUCACAUUACCUUACCGAGGACUAUUUGGAGGUGUUGUAGCCAUUCGUACACAUCAAUAUCGGUUUAUUAACGGAAUGUCUAAUUUAUAUGAGGGUUGGGGAGGAGAAGAUGAUGAUUUAUUCAAUAGAUUAUAUUCGCAUAAAAUAGAUAUAUGUCGCUUUGAACCAAGCUACAGUACAUAUACGAUGAUGCGCCACAAACGUGAGAAGAAGAACGAAGCUCGUUUGGAACUAUUAAGAACUGGAUAUAAACGCUUUCUAACAGAUGGAUUAAAUUCACUUAUUUACUCAGAGAAGGAACGUCGCUUGCAUAGCUUAUUUACACAUAUUUUGGUAGAAACGUGAAUUUUUAUGAGAUCUGCUCGCCAGUUACCCAAACAACUUUAUAACGCAUAUUCGUCCGUUGAAAAAAAAGAGUUGAAAAACAAAUUAGCAAAAAGGCUUGUGGUUGUAGUGAUCAACGCUAUAACAUAAAGAUAUACAUAUACAUAUGUUUAAGUUAAUAUCUACAUAUGCAUAGAAAUAUGCCGAUUUUUAGUAUAGAAUAAAACGCGCGCCGGUACGAUUCGCAUAAGCGCACACGCAGUGGAAUGAACAAUUCCGCGGCUGCAAAAUGCUAAACAAUAUUAUAUAUAGACUUGAAUCCUAAUGCAAUUAUGUCAAGUGCUUUAAAUUGUUUUAAAUUUAGAGCACAAAACAAGUUCGAUAUAAACUUAUACAUACAUAUUAUUAAAUCUGUUAUAGUAAUAAAUUGAUGCUAAUACAUAGAAGAAAAUUCACAAUA